AUGUGCUGUACAAAGGCCGCCUCAUUACUGAGUUGGCACGAUAUUCGAGAUAUCGCAGUAUAUUUUCAUAAAGGAAUCUACUCACAAGUAGCGCGGUCUCCGAGUUUUCGUCAACAUUAUGUUCCACUUGAAACCAAAUUGCCUGGAAAUAUCGCAAACGAGAGAUUCACCUGGUUUUUCCCUUCUUGGGGCUCAUCAACUAAGCGCAUUCCCCAAGUUUCCGCCAACCUUUUGUUCUACGUCAACCCAAGUUGCACAAAACUAGCGAAAUACACUCACUUGCAAACAAAUUUAACAGGAGUAGUUGAGGUGCCUUGUUUGGUUUGGGACCGCGGCUUUCCGGCCGAGUUGAUAAAUGUGGAAAGAAAACAAAACUCGAGAAAAACACUCAUUUGCAAAUCAAUUCGGUUUUCACUGGAGACUCAAUUGAAUCUCUCGUUUAUGAUGUUCUCCAGCUGUAUGAAACUACUCACAAAGUUGCUGAAAACUCUUCGACAGCCCACAACCGGUUUCGCCCUUCUUGAGGCUCAUCAAGUAGGUGCAGUCCCCAAGUUUCCGUCAACCUUAUGA